AUGUCAUCUCUACUGUACACAGAGCUAAUCCAUUUUGACCUGAGCCCAUUACUCUGGUGUAAGGAGAAGGAUUUCACCAAAACUUCUGGGAGACAUUGGAAAUACCCACAGGUGCCAACCUAUCAAGUUUCAUCAAAAUCAAUAAAGGUCAGUGACCUAAUUAAAGAAUACACCUGUGGACUCCUGGAUAGUGGAGGAAAGAUGGCCAUCUUAUUCAAAGUCUUGGAGGAAUCUCUGGCCAUUGGCGAUAAAAUUCUUGUCUCCAGAGCUGGGUCACUAGGGAUCAACUUGGCAGGAGCCAACCGUGUUGUCGUCCUUGAUGCCUCGUGGAAUCCCUUCAACGACUGUCAGGCCAUUUGUCGGGUUUUCCGGUUCGGACAGGGACCAUUAUACUUAUGUCCUGCUUGCUUUGGUUAUAUCGUAGGACUGGAUGGGAGUACAUCAGCACAGGAACGGGAAAAACUGAUCAAUCAGUUCAACUCACCCGAAAAUACCAAAUCAUGGCUCUUCCUUCUCUCUACCAGAGCUGGGUCACUAGGGAUCAACCUGGUAGGAGCCAACCGUGUUGUCGUCCUUGAUGCCUCGUGGAAUCCCUGCCACGACUGUCAGGCCAUUUGUCGGGUUUUCCGGUUUGGACAGGUCAAGCCAAGUUACAUCUACCGCUUGGUGACCGACAACAGCAUGGAGAAGAAGAUUUACGAUCGCCAGGUGUCCAAGCAGGGAAUGUCAAAUCGUGUCAUUGACGAGAUGCAGAAACAAAAUCACCUGACGAAGAGACAGGUGGACAGUCUACUUCAUUAUGAGGACAAAGAACCUGAGUAUGCUGACUUUAGUCAGGAAGAUUAUGAAGACCCCAUCAUGAACAAACUUCUGCAAACUGAGGGACAUUGGCUUACGACGAAACCCUUUGAACAUGAGUCCUUGCUGAUAGAUAAGAAAGAACUAAGAUUGACAAAGAAGGAGAAAAGACUUGCUCAGCAGAGUUACGUGAUGGAGAAACGGCUGAAUGUCUCGUACUCAAGACCCUCAUACGCAGCUUUCUACCCCAAGGGACAGGAAGGAAACGCUCGACAGAUUAAGAUUGUGUCUCCACCCUCACAGCCAAUUUGGCCGUCCACUACCUACACCUCUCGCCCUGUGGCCAGUGUGAAGCCAAUGAUCACCACCCCAGUACCCAUGCAGCCCAAGGGUGUUGGCAGGGGAGAGAACCGAAAUCUGCCAAUCAUUAGCAAAAACAAACCCGGGGUGUCCGUUCAUAAAGUUCUCACUACUACAGAUAUCAUGUUACCUGGUACAGCCACCAGUACACAGUCCACAGCAGGAACCAGCACAAACAAGAUUCCCGCUGGACAGCAGAUCUUCAUCAUCAAAACUCCCAAAGGAGUCUACAUCCGAACAAACUCAGGCAAGAUCUUUGCAGUGCGAGCCAAGUUUCCUCUGUCUGGGUCGACCACAGCUGUUGCUUCAAGCUCCUCUCCUGUUACCUCAGCAACCAACUCAUCCACAUCAUCAGCCCUGACGACUGCGGAUUUACUUGCCUCCUCAGAAGAAGCCUCUGAUUCUCAGGGCGAAUCUCAGUCCAGUUCCUCCUCAUCCAAGGACCAGGACGCCAGUGAUAUUCUUGCGUCUCUCUAUGGGCAGGAUGCUCCGAUCAAGCCCGCAAUAUCGAGUUCCAACUCCAGCCAGGACAAUCCAAUCAAACCUGCGAUAUCUCGAACAGACUCUAGUGCUUCCCUGGCAUCGCAGUUUGGAAAGUCGGACAUGUUUGGUGACAUCAGACAAACUGGAAAUGCAAAAGUGGGCAGUGAUUAUGCGACGGAUGAACAGAUAGACAAAGUCAGUGACAAUUUGGAAAGCAUGGACUCCCAACCUGACCUCCCAGUCAGCAAAGAGGAGUUGUUCUACCGAAAAAGUACACCCAACAGAAAUCCUUCAAAGACAGAGCUUGAUACCUUUACAACAUCACAAAUGGACGAUAUUUCGAAUUUGAUUAAUUACAGUUCUAAUACAUCAAACCAGAUAAGUAGUGACUCAAAUCCGAUGGGUGGAAGUUCAAGUAUGUUGAAUCAUAUGGAUAGUAAUUCAAGUAUGUCCAGCCAGUUGAAUAACAAUUCAAAUAUGUCACACCAUAUGAGUGGCAAUUCAAAUUUAUCGCACGAGAUGAGUGGCAAUUCAAAUAUGUCGCAUCAGUCAAGUGGAAAUUCAAAUAUGUCGCAGCAGAUGGGUGAAAAUUCCAAUAUGUUACACCAGAUGGAGAGUGGUCCUGAUAUGUCGAAUCAAAUGGAUGGAAAUAUGAGGUCCCAGUUGGAUUACGGUUCCAAUAUGUCCAACCAGAUGGGUGGUAGUUCCAACCACAUGAACAGUGGUUCAAAUUACAUGGGAGGAGGUUCAAAUAUGUCAAACCACAUGGGAGUCUCUUCAAUGCCAUCUCAUAUGGGAAACAAUUCUAACCUGCCGCCAUAUCCAAUACCUGGAGGAAUGGGUCCGUCUCAUGUCCCAUUCCUAUUUCAGAACCAGCUGAUGUACCCUCAGGGUGGGGGCUAUCCCCCCAUGUCUGGGAUGGGCUCCAUGCCCUACUCUAGUCCUAUCACCAGUACACAAGAUGCAGGGACAUCUUCUGUUUCCUCCUCUCUAGCUCCAACAAGUAGUAACAUGUCCAUGCCCUCUAUGUCAGGAAUGCCCUCUAUGCCAAUGAUGGGAUUCCCUUUUGCACCUUACCCCUUCCCUAUACCCCAACCCUACCUGAUGCCAGGAAUGGACCCCAACUACAUGUCCCAACUGUCCAUGCCUGGUCACCAAAGGUAUAACAUGCACCACGGCAUGCAUAUGCCAGGCUCAGGACCCAUGAUGCCCCCUGAAUACCCUGGCUCUAAGGACUACAUGAAUCAGAGCUCCUCAGAUUGUCAAUCCAAUCAAAGCCUGGACAUGCGGCAUCAAGACAACUCCAACAUGUGAACUGCAAUAAGGAACUUGUCUAAAUAGAACUCCAUACUCAUCUUUCAAAAACAGUUUGAGUGUCAUGGAACCAAGGUCAUGUGACAAAAUGUUGUCAUGGUUACUGUCACCAUGGCAACAAUAGACAACAAGUUGCUCCCCUUUGGGGAAGGGUGACUGACAGUUGCAAUAGACCACAGUGAUGUGUGUUGGUGUUGUGAUGCAUGCCAUAGUAUUAAUACAUGUACUUAGUCUCAUUCCUACUCCAUAGCAGUGUACUGUGUACUCUAUAGCUGUGUACUUAUGUACAUCCAGGUACAUCAUUGUCUGAACCUGGUGAUAUCAAUACUAUAGACAAACAUUUUGCAGUAUACCUACAUGUAUAUUGAUUGUUUGGUUGUCUACAAGAUGUCUUACCAUCACUUAGUAGUUUGUUCCGUGUAGAAUAUGAUUAAUUCAAAUCAUCAAUUGCAUGUCUAUGUAUCAGCCAUGUUACUUAUAUGUAAAAAUUCAUGUAUUUUUAACUCUGUAAUGUUUUGGUUUGUGAUACGCGUGCGAUACUUGAUCUCUUCAAUUAGAUGAAAGACAUGAAAUGGUUAAAAGUAUGCUUUAAAAGAAAACUACAUGUAUGUUUUUCUCAAAGAACCUCUUUCAUUCUUCGUUGCAUCUUUAAAAAAUGUGCUCUGAUUUUUCAUAAAUUUUUAUUUCUAUAAAAUGCAA